AUGGGGUCUUUGACAGUCGAAUUUGUGAAAAUGGAUGGUGGAGACAAUUGCGUGUAUCACGUGGAGAGUGGCACAGAAAGUGCCAGUCAACAACAAUCGGCGGAGAAUGGGGAAGAGCUGGAGCUGGGCGGACAGGCGGCGAUGGUGGAGGGGCGCGCGGAGGCCGAGGCGAACGGCGGCGCGGCGGGCGCGGGCGGCGAGGCCCUGUCCUUCUGCGACGAGCGCCUGCCCGGCGCCGCGCUGCAGGCGCUGCACCUGAUGCAGCGCUCGCGGCGCUUCUGCGACGUGGUGCUGCACGUGGGCGGCGGCGCCGAGCUGCACGCGCACCGCGCCGUGCUCGCCGCUGCCAGCCCGCACCUGCUCGAGCUGUUCAGCGCCGACGAGGAGGUGAAGGGGCACCAGGUGGCGUCUGUGUACCGUGCGGCGUCGCUGCUGCGCAUGGACCGCUGCGCCAGGGAGUGCGCGCGCCACCUCCUGCGCCACCUCACCGUCGACAACUGCCUGCAGACGCGCGCGCUGCCCGGCCUGGCGCACGACCGCGCCUUCGCCGAGCAGAUCGACGCCUUCAUUGCUCGCGAGUUUGAUGCUGUCUCGAAAUCAAAGAUUCUCCUUUCUCUGGUUUGUGUACGUGUGGAAGUGUUGAACCAGACCCGCCAGGAAAUGUCUUUGGUGGUGGGUGAUUCUAUUAGUCGGCUGGCUCUUGAUUGGAUGAAGCGUCAGUUUGCAGAUGAUGAUAAUCUGCAAUUGGACAAACUUACUGAGAAGACUCACUUGCUGUAUCUAGCAAUGGACAAUUCGCUUCAGGACUGUACAGAAAUGCCCACUAGUGAUCUCAGUGACACAGAAAUUGUGCAAGAUUACAAGAAACUAUCACUAAAGAACCAUACUAAUACAAAGCAAAAUAAACGCAAGACACAAUUGCAGCCUGCCAAACCACGUGUGUUGAUUUAUUCACGUGACAUUGGGCCUCGUACUAAUCAGGAGAAAGAUGAUGAUUGGAAGCUUAUUGCUGCUACGAAAGUUGGAGAACACAAUUUCUUGGCCCUUGUUGUUUUAAAUGGCUAUUUGACAACAUUGUCAGUUCAACUGAGGUGCAGCCAACCCCUUUCCCCUUCACCUGUGGCCACCCCUAUCACGAGCCGGCCGGCCAGUGAAGAGAAACCAGACCUUUAUUGUGUGAUGCCAAACAUGAGUUCAGUCAAAUGUGCUGUGGGAUGUGCCAACCUGAACAAUUCUCUGCUUGUGUGCGGAGGCUAUGAUCGCGCAGAGUGUCUGCGCAUUGUGGAGGCCUAUGAUCCUCAACACAACAGUUGGGCUUCUCUGCCUCCCAUGCGUGAGCCACGUGGGCGCUUUGAUAUUGCUGUAGUUCGCGGGAAGGUGUAUGCUGUUGGUGGGAGCAAUGGGUCCUCUGAAUUGAGCACAGUGGAAGUGUUUGACCCGGAGCGGCAGAAGUGGUGCAGCAUUGAUCCUCUGCCUCUGGCUCGCUGCAACACAGGCAUGUGACCCCCUCAAGUGCGCUCCAGGCACUCCCAGGAGUGGCCUUGAGGCACUUCCAGUGACUUCCUCUUUCCUGUUUCCAAGCCCUGUGAGGAACAGAGUAUGAGUGUGUGUGUCUGGUGUUGGUGUAUCUGGUGCAGUUCGAUGCGUCAUCUUACUAACACGUGGCAGGCAGGGUGUUGACUUCUGGGGAGUGUUGCCUUUGCUAAUGGAUUCUUCAUGCAAAUUUUCUACCUUCAGGCGUGUGGAUUUGUAUAACAAUUGUUUAUAGAAUUGACUCAUGGGAGUAAAAUAACUGAAAAAUUAGAGACCUGGGGAUAAAGUUGCAAUAGAUUUUAAAAAUCUGUUUUCUUAUUGUAAUGUUACGUUUUUGUUUGUUUGUUUUUGGUAAUAGUUUAUAGUAGUUUUAUUACAUCCUGAGGUAAUAAAUAGACCCUAACGAUAAGGAAUAUUUUAAUUAUUUUGCAUGUAGAUGCCAUAGGAAAACGUUACAAAUACUUUUUAUCUGCAGUCUCAUGAAAUGAAAAGAUAUCUCAAUUCACGUGCAAGUGAUGAAAUCGUUUGCAAUCAAUUGUUGUAUAUACAAAAUAGUAAUUAAAUUAAUAUGGAGGAAAUGGGUAUUUGUCAUUCAGAUUGGGAGUAAAUAUCAUUAUAGCAAAAGUUUGUUAUAUCUUGAAGAGUUGGAAUAAUGUGUGGGUAGGUAGGGGAAAGAUGUGAUUUUAAUUUUUGCAGUACGCGUUUCUCCAUUUGAUAGAACUUGGUGCUGCAAUCCAGAAAUGCAUUGGUCUCUCUCCCAGAAGCUUCUCUGUGGGCCCAGUGGUAUGCUAAACAACUUGAUUUGAUAGUUGUUGAUGGUGUUUGUGGGUUUUAUUGUCCCUAAUGUAAUGUACUAACUUGUGUCUGUCUGUCAAGACCAUAGGAGAUUCCUUCCUUGUUAAAAAGUGUUGGAGGGGAAUUACUUCUACAUCAUAACGUAAAGCUUCUGACUUAGUUCUUUGCCCAUAUUACUUAUAGAAAGUCUUCAUAAUGUAGCAUUGUAAAUACUUUCAUUUACUUUUACUUUAAUAAAGUAUUAUGUUCAUAUUGGUGUAUAAGAAUAUAUUUAGUAAUAUUGUAUAGAAAUUUUGUGAAUUUCAUUUCCCUCCCUCUGUUUCAAUUUUGUUGUUGAUUUUUAAAGAAACCUUAUUCUUGUCAAUUAACUAAGAUUCCUUGAAUAUUAGUAUUAUGUAACCAAAUGCAGAUUGGAAAAAUAAUUGAAUCACUUGUUUAAUAAGUCAAGGAAGGAAUACUUUUCUGGUCUGGAUGAGGUAGUGUAUUCUCAUUGCAAUUUUUGUUCGAACAUGCCAUAAUGACAUUGUUUAGAUUAAGAAAGUACUUGUGAAAGGCAAACAGUCCUUCAGGAGCAUUUUCCAGAGUUGAGGCUUGAGAGUUGAAUAUGUAUGGUGUGUUCUUCUGAACGCUUCUGUUCCCAGAUCUGGGAUGCUUGAAUAGGCAAAUAGUCUGUUCCAAAGGGCUGGCUGCGCCCGGAACAGUGGUAGGUGCAGGUAAGGUCUCGGAACCAGCUGUUUCAUAAGUCACACCCACUGCUCUCGCUCUACAUGUUUUUAACGAAUCCACUAUCAGAAAGGUUGACUGACGCCUUCAAAAUUAGGCCUGUGGUUUUCUAAUUAUGUGGGUACAGAGUGAAGUUACCUAGUUGUCAUUUGUACAAUAACUCUUCUGGCUUAAAAUUGAUAUGUAUGUCCACAGCGUAUGUGAUUACAAUUAAAUUACCAACUUAAAAAUUUUAAUUCUUCAUAAAAUGCUAUUUGUUACGUUUCGCAAUAACAAUUCAUUAUUUUGCUGAAAAUGUUUGGCAAGUUUCUUUGUGCUGCGAACAUGCUGUUAAUUUUUUCGUGAAGAGCUAAUGUUUUGAGACAUGGACUUGUGACUUAUGAAGCAGAGCCCACUUGGGCUCGGCCAAGCCUAGUGCUGUAGAAAUAUCUCUCAGGGCCAUGGAUCAGCCAUGGACGCUGGACGUACCCAUGCCAAGCGUUCCAUGACAGGUAACGGCUCAGCUGUUGUGUGUGCUCCGUUGCCAGAUCGACUCCAUUAAAACGUCUGUUUUUCCCAUUUGCUUUUCAGCAGUUGUGUUGAGGAGAGCAUGGGUGAUGAGGUGUGCUGGACGAUGAUAAGAAGAGCUAGCUGGACGCACGCACGCCUUUUCUAAGCCAUUUUGACAUUCCACCACACUGAGGCUCUGAGCCUGCUGACAGUUUCUGUUGGAACCCCAAGUGUGUGCGGGGGGAGUGCUUUUGGAUUCUGGUGUGUGCUGAAUAUUGCUGUACUUUGUUACAUUUUAUUUUUUAGUAUCAUUUUCUUCACAGCCUUACAUUUGCCCUGGAAACAAUACUCUGUGGAUCUAACGUUUUUUAUUUUGUAUCUCCUUUAUUACAAAAUUUCUUUUUGAAUUUGUUUCACAGCGCAGAACUUUAUUUUAGCUACCCAAUAUGUUUUUUAAUGAUUAUGAUAACAUAAUUGAUGGUAGCUGUAAGUUUUCCAGAAUUCAAAUUUAUUUGCAUGGUCAUUGGAGGAUUUGUCAAAGGGAAUUCUUAAAAUCCAUUCAGUCACUUCCCAGUGUCCAAGCGCUCUUCUCCCAGGCACACAGGGGUCCCUACAUACCACACACAACCACACCAUCCACACUGUCCCAUCGCUUGCUGGUGAGUAGUCUCUUGACUUGUUUUUAAGUGUACUGGUAUCUCUGUAACCAAAGCCUUGAGCAAAACUUAACGUAUGGCCUCAGCCACCCUGUGAUAUGAGUUUCUACAUGGAGGGAAAUGCUCCUGAAUUUUUUUGAAGAGAUUUCCAUAAAGAGAUAUGUUCUGUUCUGUUUUUAUUAUUGCAGCAGUCAGUAGAAGUGAAGCUUUAAUACAGGAUUUGUUGACAAACUGUAAUUGUGUUAGUGCAUAGAAUAAUUCAGACUGUAGAAUUUAAAGCAUGCAAAAAUUAUUUCAUGUUUUGAGUUUAGUUGGUUGUAUUUGUUUUGUUUUUAUUUUAUUACUGAUAUUCUGGCGGAAGCGUGUGAGGAUGUUCUUGUAGUGCAAGUGCACACGUGUUUGGGUGUGUUCUGAAAGAAUGAAUGCAUCCUUCAAGUUUUUAAUUUUUUUCUUUCCAUUAAAACUCCUUUGCUCUCUGUUAAGUAUAGUAUGGAACUGCAUUGAUUAAACUCUGAUAGACUGCUGUUGAUUGUCUGUACUCUUUUAGGGCAUGGCUGCGACUUACUGUAACACAUAGUGUCUUGCCUAGCAGUUCCUGAUUCCAUUUUAGUCUUUUACAGAGAGGAACAAGCUUUUAUGUCUUAUCUGACUUAAUGAUUUUUUUCUUAAUUACUUGCUGCCAAAAUGUAAAACUAUUUUUUCACACAGUGGUGCAUCGUGCUAUACUUCAUUCUUUAUGAAUACUUGCUGAUACUUUUUAUGUUCGAUCAUCACUAGUGUUUUUGCAGGCUCCUAGCUAAUCAUAAUACCAGCAUGUUCAAAAUGUUCUGUUUUCAUGCAUGUAAGCUCUUUAGUUGAUCUUUAAUUUAAUUCAAUUGUUUUAUUGUAUUUAUAUUUUCAUUAUGGACAUCUGAUGUUUCCUUGCACUUCUUAAAGUCAUUCCUUUUUUUGUAAUGAUAUCAGAGCCACCAUUUCCUGUUUCUCCCUUCCUAUCCUAGGCAUUGCAUUUUAAGCAUUCAGGCUGAUGGUCCUUCGAAGAAAUAGCUAGGGCAGGCCAACGCACAUAUGCACAUUUGCAUUCAGUGCAAAUUCUGUUUCUGAACAGCCACCUAGAACAUGCGGUGUGCUUUUUGUUCACAGGAGUGUGCGAUCUGGAUGACAAGGUGUAUUGCAUUGGGGGCUGGAAUGGCCAGGCAGGCAUCAAACAGUGUGAUGUUUAUGACCCUGAUACCAACAAGUGGGCAAGCAUUGCCCAGUUGCUCACAGGUCGCUAUCAGGCUGGAGUAUGUGCAAUGGAUGGUAAACUAUUUGCUGCUGGUGGCUGUGAUGCAUGGAAUUGCCUCAAUACUGUGGAAGUAUAUGACCCCAAAGAGAAUAAAUGGGAGUUUGCCAAGAACAUGAUCACUGCUCGAAGAGGUUGUGGACUUGCUUAUUUCAAAGGCAAACUGUAUGCGGUGGGUGGCUCUGAUGGCAGCCAUUCUCUGUCGUCCACAGAGAUUUUUGACCCCAAAGACCAGACAUGGACACCUGGACCCAGUAUGACAACACCUCGAGCCAAUGUAGCUGUAGCUGUCAUUGGCAACAGGUUAUAUGCUGUCGGUGGCUUUUCAGGCAAGACUUUCCUGAACAGUAUAGAGUACCUGGAUGAGUCUACUGAUGAGUGGACAACCUUUGUUCCAAAAAUAUCUCUCUCGACUGAGGCAGAGCGUGCAAGGCUGCUGGAACACAGUGUUGCAGCUUUUGCAGAAUCACUCAACUCCCAUCCUCUUGACAUGACGGAAAGCACCCCAGAAGUUCCCUGCUCAGUUCCAAGUUAGAGGCUUGUUAUGCCAUCGAACACCACCAAUCUGUGUUUGUGAUAAAAAGACUUACUAUUUCUGUGUGUCUCUGUAUAAAAUGGUCUCCUUGUUUUCUCCCUCUUUGAAAUCGAGGUGUUUCUUGUAUAGUCUGUUGUGCUAUCUUUGUACCACUUACUACAUCUGACCACAGUAUUAAAUGCAGUUAUUGGCAUUGGCUUGACACUAGAAAUAUUAUUGGUUCCUGUAAAACUUUUUGUAUGUUCAAGAUUGCAUUUUAUUUUUUUCAAAAUUAGUUCCUGUCUGGAACCAAAAUUGUUGAAUGGGAAGCCUGUUUGCCCAGAAGAGCCAAUAUUCAGUGAUCUCGAAUUGACUUUGUCAUAGUAUGAUUUGAUUUGUUUAUUGUAUGUACAUUACCAAACCAUGAAUUGCAUUUAUCAGAAAAGAACAGGGUUUGACUGAGUCUCAAUUUUAUGGAUUUCGACAAUUGACCACCAUUUGUAAUUAAUCAUCAAUAUUAUUUUUCUGAACAUGUUUAGUAAUUUUCUAUGACAUCAACCUUUUUACAGAAGAAAAAUAUAUUCUAUGUAAAAUUGAUUUUCAAGUAUUAAAUGAGUAAUCAUCAUAGGUCUAAUGUUGAAAUAUUAUUUGUGAAGUACAUGCAUUAUGAUUGUAUAAUGGAUGUAGAGCAUGAUGCAGUAGUAUUACUCCUUGCAUUAUGAAUAAAAUUCUAAGGAGU